AUGGCGAUCGGGGGGUUCGUCGCGUCCGCCGGCAGCCGGCUCGUUCACUGUCUGACAACCCAUGAAACAGAGCAAGACACUGGAGCAGACGAGCAGGAGUACGUUCAUCAUGCAUGCCAGUUGCCAGCCCGGUGGCCGGUCGCCGAGGCAGCCCGUGCGGCUUGCCGGCUUGCAUGCGCAAAUGUCAACGCCACUCCAGUUUCCAGCCAGCGGCUCGCCAGCUGCGGCCAUUGA